CAACACCUCAAACAAACAAAAACACAAAUAGAACCCCAAAACCUCACCUCUCUCUCUCUCUCUCUCUCUCUCUCUCUCAUCAUGGACAGCGCACCCCCCGUUUUAAACAAACCACCGCCACCUUUCCUCAUGGACAGCGCACCCACCUUUCUAAACAAACCACCGCCACCGCCACCUUUCCUCAUGGACAGCGCACCCACCUUUCUAAACAAACCACCGCCACCCUUCCCAGCACCGCCUCGGAGCGUUGACUUCUCCGCCCUUGAAUUUAUCCUCGGCCUCAUCGCGGUCAUCACCAUCCCUGCUCUCGUCUACGCCUUCUUCUUCGCCAUCAAGUUCCCUCCAAACCCUUUUCGCCGGCGACCCCACCGGACCUCCACCACCGCCCCCGGCCCCACCCAAACUGAACCCAACACCCAAAACAAAAACGACGUAAUUUCGGAGCUCAAGUACCAGAAGGAAGCCCACGUUAAGGAAAUCGGAACAGAGUGCCCUGUGUGCCUGUCUCUGUUUGCCGACGGCGAAGAGGUCCGGCAGCUUUGCGUCUGCAAACACUCUUUCCACUCUCUGUGCAUAAACAUGUGGCUUAAGGAUCACUCCAACUGCCCCAUUUGUCGAGCUUCAGUCGCCGUUGAUCGGAGUAAUGGUGAUAAUCGGACGGCGGCUGCUGGAGUAAGAGGCAGUGAUGAUCUGCAACAAGGUUUGCCUGAUGCUUCUGCCAUGGUUUGACAAUUAAUUCUUUCUGGGAUUUUGGUGGCUUAAUUCUUUUUCUCUUUUUCUUUUCCGAAGUUUUUCAAAAACUCGCCGACAGAAGUUGUAAACUUAUAUCUGUAGUGAGAAUUAGGGUUUGAGAGAAAUGCCAGGAACUAGUAGUUAAUCUAUGAUUUCUAUAAUUUGAAGACCAUCUGAAAUUUGAAUUUUCAUAUAUUUCUGGGU